AUGGCUUGGUAUGCUAUAAACUGGGUUAUCUGGACCACGAGAAAUGAUGUUAUCUUUAACGGAAAAAUAUGGGAUGUGGAACAAAUCUUUGAACCUACGAAGUUUAGAGUUGUAUGGUGGGUGAAUGCAAAAUGGCCAAACCAUAAUUGUUCUAUUGGUGAUCUUGCUAGGCUCCUAAGUGAGGGUAGUAUCCCUACGAGGGGUAGGAACACUAAGGAAAAGAUGGCGUGGACUAGACUAGUAGAAGGAAGCCUUAAAUUUAACACGAAUGGUGCCUCAAAGGGUUAUCUUGGAGACUUGGGGAUUGGAGGUAUUUUGCCAAAUGAGCAAGGGGAUGUUCUAGUUCUCUUAUGUAAAUUUGUUGGCAUAUGUGAUUCUAACAAGACUGAAUUAUUGGUAGUAAAGAAAGCCGCCCUCAUUCAUGUCGCCUUUAGAUGGUGCGCUUCUCGCCUUCUGCCUAUCGAAUAUGAUAAAAGGAAUGUCAUCAAAUACAUCACUUCUCCUACUGAUGUGCCAUGGAGGUUGAGACAGCUGGUAAUUCAAACUCUUAAUGUUCUCUGUAAAAUUAGUAAAUGGGAGAUUAAACACAUUUUGUGCACGACAAAUGAAAAGGUUGAUUCUCUAGCCAAAGAAGGCAUUCUUAGACCGGAGAACUUUUUUUAG